AGUAGCAUGUGUAUAAGGUUACCGCUGUUUGAUUGUUCUGUUUGUGUAUUCCUCAUUCGACUUCAAAAUAACUAGAUAGAUAGUUUUUUUUUCUACAUUUAGUAAAUUCGUACUUAUGUCUUAUUCGAAAAAAUGAAAAUCAGUUAUGUUUUAUUUGUUGUCAUCAAUUUGAUCGUGGCUUUAAAUUGUGCGCGUUUUUACGAUUAUGAUUUGGCCGAAGACGACAUGAAAUCAGGCUUCAUUCCUGGAGAUUAUAUUAUCGGAGCUUUAUUUCCUAUCCAUGAUCGUUUCGAUGACGAAGAUUUCCAAUGUAAUAAUAUUAAUUACUACGAAGGAAUCCAAAUCAUGGAAGCAGCAUUUUUUGCAGUUGAUUUAAUAAAUAGGAAUGAAAGUAUUCUACCUAAUGUAACUCUUGGCAUAGAUAUAAAAGAUUACUGUAACUCGAUCGAGGUAGCUGUAUUACAAAGCAAAAAAUUAGUCGAUAAGUCUGUCUCUAGAAGCAACGAAUCAAAAGGUAUAUUUUCACCCGCUCAGAAAGGUAUUGAAUCGCCAUUAAUAGGAAUAAUUGGCCCUGACCACGGCAUAAUCUCGAUAGAAGUGCAGAAUAUUUUGAAAUUUUUCGCCGUCGUCCAAAUAGGUUACUCCGAAUCGCUUAUGGAUUUCUUCAACGAUGAAUUGUAUCCGUAUUUUUUCUCCGUUAUACCCAAUAAUCAGUAUAUUACUGAGGCCAUAUUUGAUGUUUUGGAGGCUAAUAAUUGGACUUACGUUUCAUUGAUGUACUCAUAUGAUACAUUUGGAAAAGCAGGUUUGGAAAAUUUUAAACAAUUUGCGUCCGAAAGAGGAGUAUGCAUUGGUGAUAUCCUGAAUAGUAAUUUGAUCGCUAAUGUAAUCGACUAUAGCAUAGAAGUGGAUGAAUUUGUUGAGCAUUUGUGGGAUAUUAUGCCUUCGUAUGAUAAGGUCAAUGUAAUUGUGUGCUACUGUUCGCACGAACUGAUCGAUGCGUUGUUUUACAUGAUUAAAGUUCAGGAUCAUUUGGCCAAGAGAUUUGUUGUUGUUGGCGGAGAUGGUUGGCCACCAAUACAACCUCACGAACGCCAAUACCAAGAUGCCGUAGUGGGAGAAAUUUCAAUCAGCUUGCAGCAACCUUACAUAAAAGAAUUCGACGACUAUUUCUUAAAUCUCAGUCAUCAAACCAAUAAGAGGAAUCCAUGGUUUAUCGAGUUUUGGGAAGAUCAAUUCAAUUGUAACGUAAAUCCUCUUGAAGGUUUAAGAUACUCAAACUGUUCGGGUGAUGAAAAGCUCGGCAAGGGUUAUAAACAAAAUCCGAAAGUACCACAUGUCAUCAAAUCAGUAUUUGUUUUAGCUCAAGCUUUACAUGAUAUGUUGAAAGAGGGUUGCGAAGAUGUUCAUGCUGGAGCUUUACCAAUGAAAAAUGCGUUCUAUAAAUCUUGUUAUCUGAGUCAUGUUCAACUAGUGAAGUUUGAUUUUUAUGGCGAAUCGAUCGAAUUUGAUCGGAGGAUUCCUAAAAUCAAGAAGUACAAUUUUCACAAUUUUCAACUCUUGGAAAAUGGCUCCUACGGUUACGUUCAAAUUGGCAGCUAUAACAAAGAAGCUAAAUACGGAAAUAAAGAACUAAUAAUGAAUGGAAAAAUAGUACAUCCUGAAAAUAAAACUUCAGUCCAGUCUUCCUGCGGUGAGCCAUGUUCGCCAAAGCAUGCUAAGGUAUUGAAAAAAGAUAAAUGUUGUUGGGAUUGUGUGCCAUGUAAGCCUUUGGAAAUUUUGGUAGAUUCGACCCGGUGUGUAAGUUGUGCACACGGUUUUAUGUCUGAUUCGGAUAAAGCUAGUUGCAUUCCCAUCCCUACAGAAUACAUAAAAUUCUACGAUGCUCAAAUGCUAAUAUCUCUGUUCUUUUCGUUUCUAAGCAUCAUUUUGACUGGAUAUACGUAUUACAUUUUCAUAAAAAAUAGACACACUCCUGUUGUGAAAUCCUCCACCAAAGAACUAUGUUACAUUAUGUUCAUUGGGAUGUUCGCAGCUAAUUUAUUUCCCUUCACUAUCCUCCCAGAACCUAGUAGUAUCAGUUGCAUUAUCCUUAGAACACUUCCUGCUGUCAGUUUAACUCUUAUUUACGCAGCUUUGUUGGUAAAAACCAAUAGGAUAGCGAGAAUAUUGGCUAUUUCCAAGAAAAAGUUUCCUAAUUUGAAUAUUAGAUUUUUAUCUUUGAGAGCUCAGGUGGUUUUCACAUUUGUAUUGAUUGGUAUCGAAAUUCUGAUUUGUUUGUAUUCUUUGUACAAACAUCCAGCUGAACCCGUGCACGUAUUUCACCAGAAGGAAGACUCGUCGUAUUAUGGCAUCAAAAUAUGCUCGUUGAAAGAAGACAUCAUGAUGGAAACUUUCGCUUUCGUCGGAGUUUUAAUUUUGAUUUGCACUUAUUACGCGGUAAAAACUCGAAAUUUGCCGGAAAAUUUUAACGAGGCUAAAUACAUAGGGUUCGCCAUGUAUGCGACCAUCUUGACUGAUAUUUCCUUCGGAUUGAUAUAUUUUGGGAGUGAAGUCAAAACUCUUGCCAUAAACUUAUGCAUUUCAAUCAAUACUUUAAUCGCGCUGAUAUUUUUGUUUGGGCCGAAGUUAUACGUGAUUUUGUACAAACCGAAGAAAAAUACUAGGGCUAAUUUCAUCACUGCGACGAAUAUCCGAUGUAUUGUUGUAAACCAGCAAAAAGUGAGCGGGCAAAGGAAUCGUCGAGGAAGCAGGCAUGAAGAAGAAAGCGGAAUUUCAAUGGAAAUAACUUCGAACAUCGAAAAGAGCAAAAGCUAGAUUUUUAGGCCUUAUAAUCUUUUGAAAAGUUUGAAGAAAUUGUGCUGUUCCAGUUCUAGUCACGCUUAAAAUUCGUCAAUUUUCGAUUUAACCUUACAUGUAGGUAUUGUUUUCAUGUCCAUUUUCUGAGUACUUGUAGUUUUUUUUAUUUUUGUUCAUUUCUUCAAUAAAAAUUCAUAAAGAAAAA